AUGGACCCCAACCAAGCUGGCGGAGGCGGGUCCAACAACUCGAGCGACUUUGUGCGCAAGCUUUACAACAAUUUUGCUAGCUUUGUCCGCCAACUCAAUAAAUACGAUUUCCACAAAGUCCGUCACAACAACGAAGAGAAUGGCCAGUCGCCUUAUGGACCCGGGGCCUGGGAAUUUAAACACCCCGAUUUUAAAAUGAACAACAAGGAUGCGCUCGAUAAUAUCCGACGAAAGGCGCCAGCGCCUCGAAAACCGAACCAGGCGUCCAAUGAAGAGUUCGCGCCGUCUCAACAGAUGGAUAUGGUUAGCGGACAGCUCAUGGCAACCCAAGCCCAAUUACAUCAGCUCGAGGGUCGCUACAAUGAACUGAGUAUCCAUCACUCCAUGCUCUUGCAGGAAGUAAUUGGGUUGCAAAAGACCGUGGUCAAUCACGAGCAUGUCAUGCAACAAAUAAUGACGUUUUUGCACGGGGUUGACGCGACCCAGAGAAGGAACAGCAAACUCAUCUUCGGAAACGCCACUUCUGAAUCCCAGAACGGAGGCAUUGAGACCACCCAGGCGACCGAUGAUGACAACCCAGCCUCGCCCUUGCAGCAUGCUUCCAAGCUCCUUAGUGAGACAAACGCCGACGCCAUGCUGAACCCUCGCAACUUGGAGCAUAUGAACGAGAUCACCAUGAGGAUGAACGGCACAUUGACAACACCACCCCCGGAUUUUGCGGCUCGUGCGGCGGUACGACCUACAAGUCGUGGCCCGCCAUCAGCAACUUCAACAGGAUCGAUGCGUUUAGAAAAUCUCGAUAACCUUGUGUAUCCGGUUGGUUCGUCAAAUGGCAUUGACCCUAUGUAUAGUGAGCACAUUAACAACAUUCCAUACGCAGCUCCACCAAAAGCCGUAGACCCAGCCGAGCCAAAAUUCCAAGAAGGGAGGAAGAAGAGCACGAUUCCCGACCCAGGCUGGAUUCGCCCCCCACAGAUCUUGCUUGUCGAAGACGACCCUACGUGCCGUCGUAUCGGAAGCAAGUUCUUGUAUGCCUUCCACUGCUCGAUUGAUAGUGCGCUCGAUGGUCUAGAGGCAGUCAACAAGAUGAACAACGGUUCAAAGUACGACUUGGUUCUGAUGGAUAUCAUCAUGCCGAACCUUGAUGGUGUUUCGGCAUGCCAUUUGAUCCGACAAUUCGAUACAACACCGAUUGUCGCCAUGACUUCGAACAUUCGAAGUGACGACAUCUCCAUGUACUUCCAACACGGCAUGAACGAUGUUCUUCCCAAGCCAUUCACCAAGGAAGGUCUCUUGCACAUGCUGGAGAAGCACCUUGUCCACCUCAAGAAGCCGUCGGCCCAAGGCGAUGGCACCAUGGUAGCACCACAGCCUGUACAGAUAGCACGACAGCCCUUUCUGAAGGAAGAGGAUUCCCCAGCAAAAUCACCACAAGCUGUUAGCAACUGGAACUCGCCUAACCAGAUGCCAGGCGUCUCUCCUGUUGGUACAACGGUCCCGGAUGACUUUGCGCAGGCUAUGCGAGGGCAACCAGUGCAGCACCCAAGUGCUUAUGGUGUUAGCGCUUUGCAAAGUAACAUGGGGUACAGUAGUUCGCCACAUAUGCAGAUGCCGCAGCAAGCGCAGCUACCCCCGGCUCAUCGUCGGCAGGUCUCGGAGAUUUCGGGAGGUGAUGAUCUCAACAACCCGGCCAAGCGCCAACAAAUGUACCCUCCCCAGAUGCAACAGCCGAUGGGUUCCAUGCAGCCUCGUCCACGUUGAUAUGUAAAGGACUAGACUACUCGUCGGGGGAAAAUGGAAUCAAGGACGAGGACGUUGAAGAAUGACGGUCGGCUCAGGCCAAAAGACGUCGAGUACAGCCUUGGGGACCAGUCGUGGCAGCUGUCAGAUGCUGGCCAUGGAUCACACAGCGCAAACCCCCCAUUGUCGUGGCCGGCCCAUGUACGCUAUAGAAAAAAGUACAGGUAUACGAUGGCCCAAAAUUGGCUGUCCAGGGAGUGCAUGGAGGACUUUGCGAGCGGGUUCUUGGCGUUCAAGGCACUCCAUGCGUUUGGUCUCGGGCUGGCUAUCUGCUAGGAAAUACCCUAUCUGCUAGACAAAUAAAUAUGUUCUGUUGUCCGUCC